AUGGUGCGAUACGCCGUUCUCCCUCUUGCGAUUCUCGCCGCCCUUUCCUCUUUCGCUGCUGCGAAUAACUGCAAGGUCAAUCUCAAAUACUGCGGAGCCACUCUCCUACGAGUUGGAAAUUAUGAUGAACAAAUUCGUGAGGCACUUAGAGCCGCACACAAGCCGACAGACGGUGACCAUAUUGAGAAGUCCCUGUUCUUUUGCUCAGGCGGCCCUAACGGGGAGAUUGAAUACCUUCAAUUCUGUGGCAACAGGUGUGUCGAUGGCGGCGCAAACCACAACGACUACUGCUAUUGA